CUUCAGUAGGAAGACCAUCCUGGAAGCUGCUGUGUGGCCUUUAAGGAAAUAGUUGGACUAAGGUGGCUGGGAUACACAUACUUCACAAGGAUGUUGACCCAAAACAGACUACCAGAUCUUUCUCCAGCAAAGAUGGGUUUAUCCGGGAUCUGCAGAGAACUACAAUUCAGGAUCUGCCACCAUGGAGGAGGAAAAAUACACCUACUUUGAAGUAAGUCCGGAGCAUUCUGUCCUCUUAACCAAAGCCUGCCUUCCAUGGAAACAACUUACUAGAGCCUAACCUUCCUGGGGGCCGGGGAAACCCCAUCUCUAAUCCCCUCUAGCUUGCCUGUCUCAACUAUGGGGAAAGGAAACAGCUAAGAAACACUUGUGAAGGUCACAGCCCAGGAACACAAGCCCACUACAAGACAGAGAUUUAAUCACUGGGCUAUAGAACCCUUCCCCUCCCCCGACAUUUACUACCACAUCAAGUUGGCAUUUCUGGCCUACCUUGGCACAUACCAGCUGGGAGAAGCCUUUAGGUGGACAAUUGUGGUUCUUGCAGUAGAAUGCCAUCCAUCAGCUUAAAUUAGAACUGGUGGGACACCAAUAGCCUCCGCUAUGAUGCCUGAGCUGAAUGUCCUGACCCCUAAUGUUACCCCCAAAAUGGGUUUGCCUCUUGGUGGGUGUUGAGCCAAAAGAUACAAUCAAGCCAAAGAGCAGAAGGAAGGAUUCUUUUAUUUCCAACAAGUAAGAAGAACACCGGGGAUAUUUCCCAAUGCAAUGUCUCCCAAACCGCAAAAUUGGGGAAGUUUUAAGCUAAGGGCACAUUCAUAUUCCUGAAGGGCCCUGAGCAAAGAAGAAUUCAGCACAGACUAGGGGCCAAGGUUGGCAGAGUCCAGGCUCUAGUUGACUGAAGUCAGGAGGGUUAGGAAAGGUCAGCAUCAUCCUUACUUAGGUUCUAGUCAGCCUGGUGGUUGAGUGCUCAUUGGGGGUUUGGAUCCGCAAAACAGCUCAAAAAUGUGCUUAAGGCUGAUCUUUACUUUUGAAACAGAACUGGUAGUCUUUACAACUGAUAUAUUGUCUCCAAUAUGGUUAUCUUCUGGCCUGGUAAGAGCUGUUUUUUCUUUAAUUCCUUUGUUUCCUUAAAACCAUUAUCUACCGAGACCUAUUCUUCUGCAAAGACAAGCAUUGUGGACAGGCUUAGAUUACAAAAUGGCUUAGGUCUAAAAUGGCUUUUCUCAUGUUAAGAAAGCUAGGUCUGGUUCUUUUCCUCCGGGGACCCCCUAUCCUAUCUGCCUAUGGGUACACAAAAGAAACAAUAAAUGUGGCGUUUAAGGGAUUAGACUAAUUCUUGUCCCAGCACUGCCACUAGUUUGCUGUGGGACACAGGAUAGUUUAUUUCCCUUAUCAGUUAUCUUCCCAGCUGAUCCAGCUGAUUUAAGGGAGGUCAACAAAAUGCUGAUCUCACAGGGUGGUUUUGAGGAUGAGAUGAGAUGAGAAUUGUGGACAUCUGGUGGACUCUGCGGAGCCAUGUGAACAUGUGUGUAUAUCUGUGCACACACACGUGUUUUAUGUGCAGUAUUGUGACUCAUAAUAAGAAAUAUAUAUUUGGUCUUUAUCCUCCACAGAGCUUUUAAAAUCCUUGGAAUUUUCUUUGAUGAGAGCAAUAAACAUGUCUUUUGUUUUGUUAAUGAAGUGACUCUUGGAAAGCACCUAAGGCUGGGAGCUGGUUGCCAGGAGAAUCAACCAAGUGAUUAGAAGCUUGGAACUUUCAGUUGCAACCCCCUGACCUUCAGAGAGGGGAGAGGAGCUAGGGACUGGGUUUAAUCAUCAACGAUCAAUGGUUUAAUCAGUCAUACCUAUGUCAUGAUGGGGUUCAGAGAGCUUUCUGGUUUGUGAACAAGAAGACAUGUAGAGAGAGUAGCGUGCUCCAGAGGGCAUGGAAUCUCAGAGCCCCUUCCCCGUACCUCACCCUAUGCAUCUCUUCCAUCUGACUGUUCCUGAGUUAUAUCCUUUUGUCAUAAACUGGUAAUCAAGUAAGUAAACUGUUUGAGUUCUCUGAGCACCCUGGGAAAUUCAUCAAACCUAAGGAGAAGGUCCAUGAAACUUCUAAUCUACAGCCAGUUGGUCAGAAGGACAGGGGACAAUCUGGGCUUGCAACCAGAGUCUGACAUGGGGAGAGGGCAGUCUUGUGGGAUCUAACGCUAUCUGCAGGUAGAUGGUGUCAGAAUUGAAUUGAACUCUUGGACACCCAGCUAGUGUCAGAAAUUUGCUAGGUGGUGUUGGGAAAAAAUCCACACUGCAAAAUCGUAGCUGGUAAUCAGAAGUAGGAUCAGAGUCAGAAUUCUAGUGUGUGUGAUAAAAGAUUAGAAAUCUAUCUCUUUAUUGCUUCUAAAUAUAUGCACCUAGAUAUUAAUAUUUAACGGCUACUGAGGCAUGAGGAUCUGGCGUUCCAACCCAGUGGGAAAAUGAGGCCUCUGACUGAAGAGGAGACGCGUGUAAUGUUUGAGAAGAUAGCAAAAUACAUCUGGGAGAAUCUUCAGCUGCUGGUCGACAGGCCCGACGGCACCUACUGUUUCAGGAUGCACAACGACCAGGGGUACUACGUGAGUGAGAAGAUUUUGAAGUUGGCCGCCAAUAUCUCCGGUGACAAGCUGGUGUCGCAGGGGACGUGCUUUGGAAAAUUCACCAAGACCCACAAGUUUCGGUUGCACAUCACAGCUCUGGAUUACCUAGCACCCUAUGUCAAGUAUAAAGUGUGGAUAAAACCUGGAGCAGAGCAAUCCUUCCUGUAUGGGAACCAUGUGCUGAAAUCUGGACUUGGUCGAAUUGCUGAAAAUACUGCUCGGUACCAGGGAGUCGUGGUGUACUCCAUGGCAGGCAUCCCUUUAGGUUUUGGGAUGGCAGCAGAGUCUAUACAAGACUGCAGGAAAGUAGACCCCAUGGCGAUUGUGGUAUUUCAUCAAGCAGACGUUGGGGAAUAUGUGCGGCAUGAAGAGACAUUGACUUAAAACGAAAUCAUCGCGAGGACUUGUGGCUGUGUGAAAGGGCCUAGCUUUGUUUCCUGUGUCUGUGUAACCUCCACCAUCAUGUUGAAUUUUGUCAACACUGUGACCUCUUCAGGGACUUCUUAGUUUAAUAUUCUAUUAUGGACAAAUGCAGGCUGGAUUCUUAUUAUGCAGAAAUGGCUCAAAAACGGGGUUUCGGAUCUCUGUGAUUAUGACUAACUAGAAUACUGUGUUUUAUAUUUGAAUCAGAGGGCUUCUUGUUUUGAGUAACAGGUUCUAAAUUGUUGGAACUGAGGACAAGAAUAGCGUAUUAUUGUUAUCUGUGAUAACACUGUUUUCCAAACACAUGAUAAGAACGUAAUGAAUUCUCUUAAUUAUUUAUUAAUACUAUGAAAGAUAGAUAUUAUCAUCAGAAUAGUAGGUCGUGUCUGGGAUUUUACAAAUGAAAUUUGGAUAAAAUAGUAAGAGCAGUUUAUUCUGCCGAUUUUCUAUAUGGUAGGUGCUGUGUAGUGUGGAAAAAAAACUUGGAUUCAAACACCAGUUCUCACAUCUACCAGCUAUAUAACCUUAGAUGAGUCAUUACACUUUAAUAAGCUUCAUUUCCUUCUUCUGGUUCAAAAAACAGCUUAGCCGUCUUUCUAAGAAUAGUUUUUAGAAUUAGGAAUCAUGAUCGUAAAGCACCUAGCACAGUGCCUGGCAAACGAUAGUGUUGAAUAAAUGGUAAGAAUUAUUUUUGUAAUGUUUAUACUGAGUAUUUCUGUUACUAAGAGUAGGAUCCUAUGAAUAUACUUUGAUUAUACUAUCUUGGUUUUUACAAGUGGUUUUCUUGCUCUUUUUCUUGAAUGGUAUGAUCCCAGGCUGAGUGUUAUUUCUAUCACCUUGAUUUCUAAAACAAUUUCUCUUACAAAUCUUUUGUUUUUUUUAAUUAAGAAAAUUUUUUUAUUGAAGUAUAGUUGAUGUACAAUAUUGUGUUAGUUUCAGGUGUGCAGCAAAGUUAUUCAUUUAUACAUAUAUUCUUAUAAAUAUUAAAUUACCUGACUGGACUGGACAAAAAGCACUAAUCAGAGACCCUGAAAUAAUAAUUUAGCUCCUCCAUCCUUCUCCCAUGCCUUCCAAAAUUAUUUUUAGAAUUAUUAAAAUAUUUUUUAGUGAAAAACAUAUCACAGACAAAAAAAAUUUUAACUACCUGUAUUGUAAAGCAAUUUCUUUAGUGCAUAUACGGCUUACUUUAAAUUCCAAAGGUGACAUCUCUAAAAAUAAAGCAUUUUUCAAUUACAAAAUAUAUAUAUAUAUAUUUAAUGGCUAGAACACUGUGUUAAUUUCCUAUUGACAUUAAUCUGAUUGAUAAAGUUGUUUACAUUGUAAGAAUGUAUG